AUGCAACUCAACAGCACCGAAAACUCGGAACUUAAGCCGAUAUGCCAAAUCAUCACUCCAGUGGGGAUGCUAGGCUACGGCUUCGACGAAGCCCUCACGCACUACGAACUCUCCCGCCUCGUACCAACCGGCAUCCCAACAGCUAUCAUCUUAGAUUCGGGCUCGACAGAUAGCGGGCCGCAGAAACUGGCUCUGGGGUCUAUGUCAUGUCCGAGGUCGGCUUAUGCGAAGGAUCUUGACAAGUUACUUCGGCUUGUUCAUACGUUUCGUGUCCCGUUGAUAUUUGGGUCUGCUGGUGGUGAUGGGACGGAUGAGCACGUUAAGAUCAUGGGGGAGAUUAUUAAGGAGAUUGCAGCGGAAGAGGAGAAUAAGGACUAUGCUUUCAAUACGAUAUCGCUAUUCUCUAAUAUCAACAAGGCAACGAUCCUCGAACGCCUCAAACAAGGCCGUCUAACCGGCUGCGGCCACUGCGUCCCACCUGCAACAGAAUACGAGAUCAACGAGUCCCUCCGUGUCGUUUCUCAGAUGGGCUACGAGCCCUUCUUUGAUGCCAUGAACGCCAAUCCCGACUUCAACAUCAUAAUCGGCGGGCGAGCCUACGAUCCAUCUCCAUACGUCGCAUUUUGCGUUUAUCAACUCACACGCCAAUCUAACCAUCUCAGCACAGAAGAACUUCACUCUAGGCUUGGUGGGUUCUAUCACAUGGGUAAGAUCCUGGAAUGUGGAGGACAGUGUUCAUUCCCGAAAUCUCAUGGUGCUGUUGCGACUGUUUAUGAGAACGGUUUAUUUGAUGUUCGACCGACGGAUCCUGAGUCCAUGUGUACGCCUUUGUCUGUUGCUGCUCAUACGCUGUAUGAGAAUACGAGACCGGAUGUUCUACGAGGGCCAGGAGGGUCACUUCAUCUUGACAACUCAAAGUAUGAGCAGCUGUCUGACGGAAAGUCUGUGAGGGUGAGUGGCAGUGUUUAUCUCUCGUCAGAAGCAGAUGGCAAGCCUUAUCAGCUCAAGCUGGAAGCUGCACGUAUUGUUGGUUAUCGCUCUAUGUUCAUGGGCAGUAUCACAGACCGUAAAAAGCCCCUGUCUCCAACGUAUGAAAUCAUUCUAACAUUAAUAGAUAUCCUCGUUUCCCAGAUUGACAAACUAUUGGCCCGCGUCAAGGUCUACGUUGACCAACAACAUCCCGAGAUCGCCGGUCAGUGGAACAUUGGCUUCCAUGUCUACGGCAAAGACCAGUACACGCAUGCCGGACCAGGUCAACUCUUCAUCGUUGCUGAAGCACUCGCGCCGACACAGCAGUUGGCUAACAGCAUUGCCUCCAAGGCUCGAGUUGGAAUGAUUCAUGCACCAUAUCCAGGGCAGAAAGCGACUGCAGGCAACUUUGGCUUCGGCCUUGGUGGCCAUAUGGAGUUGGAACUUGGUCCUUGUGCUGAGUUCUCUCUGUACCAUCUCAUGGACCUUGUGCCGGGCGAAGAGAGGUUGGCUCUGGGUGGUGAUGGGUCUGUGCUCGAAGGCUCGUUGCUGAGAGGCACGGUCUCUCGAAUUGGCAAAGGUGUCAUAAAUGGCACCAACGGGCACAUUGCUGUGCCUGAGGUCGAUAACAAGCCUCCUCAGCGGGCGAGCGCAAGUCCCCAGCGUUCGCCUAGUCCUCCGAAUCAAGCUAUCCAGAAAUCUGAGACACUAUCAGACUUGUGCCGCAUUGUCCGAUCCAAGAACGCUGGUCCAUACGAGAUCACGAUAGAUGCCAUGUUCGCGUCCAAAGAAGCUUAUGAAGCUGUCAAAUCCUCCGAUCUCCUGUCAGCCAGCAAUGUUGCGAAAGCCAUCGGCAUCUCAGAGGAAGAUAUCAUCUGGAUUGGCUUCUUCGAUCCUGCUAUCUCUUUCAAGGUAACCAUCCCCAGAGUCCGAUCGGGGAAGAAGAAAUCUGCCGGCGGGUUCAUGGAAAACGACAUCCAUGGGUCGCAGGAGCACAUGGGCCUUGCAAGCCUGAAGCUCCCUGAAGGAUUCAACUUCUAG